AUGCUGGUUUGCUGGAUGAGAGAUCCACGCACGGAUUCCGCCUUCGAGUUGGAAAGAUGGCGGCAGCUGCAUGAGCUGCACACCUUGUGGGGCGUAGCAGGUGUCCUCACUGGCAGCGGCAUUGCUGCCAUGACCCUAUUCGAGUCCCUGAUGAAGCAGAUCGAAGCUUAUAGGGUCCUGUUGCUCGUUCUUUUAGCAGCUGGUGAUCUCCUAUGCUGCUGCUUGGCCAUGCGCGGUCGCCAAGCUCUUCGCCUGGGGAUUGAGGCUCCGCAGAUCGGCAUCGAGGAAAGCAGCCAGAAGCAGCUGGCCGCAGAGAUCGAGUGGCACUUCUUGUUGCACCUCAUCAACUACAGGUUUGAUGCAAGUCAAAGCUUGGCCCUGCCUGGGCAGGAGGAUGAGGAAGGUCAGCCUGUUGAAGAGGUCCAAUGCCCAAUUUGUUUGGACAGUUUCACUCAAGAUGAAGAGGUGACCCAGCCUCGUUGCAGCCACUUCUUCCACCGAAACUGCCUGGAGGGAUGGGUUGAGACCGUGAGCCUUCAAGCAGCAGCACACCACCGCCGUGAGCAGGUGCUUUGCCCCCUGCGGUGUGACAGUGCGAAGGUCCGUGUUUGGCCAUCUCUCUCCAAUGCCCCGUCGUCCUUGACAGGGUCUUCGGCAUAUCGGGGUUAG